AUGUCUCUCAAACACCUACUGAACGAUGACGAUAUCGAAUAUUAUCGUGCGUCCGUCUCUCCUCAGAACUGGAAUGACUAUGGAGAUUUUCAAAGCAUUGAGCCGCAGUUAUGGGAUCCACGUUUUGAAGAGAUACCUGCACCUAUCGCAUUCACUGGUGACAGCGUCGCACAGCUCUCAUACGGGAUGAAUCUCGAUGUAGACUUGGAGAUGUAUACAAGUGAGCGCGACCAAAGCGAGCAAUGGACCAAGGAUGAUAUCCUCCAGGUGGGCUCGUCCACUAGCUACAACUCUAUUAUCAGAGCCGAGUAUCUGUGUUAUGGGACAAUCUGUCGAGCUGCCGUCAAACUUUGCGGCGACAUGAUGGAGCUAGACAAGAAGCUGGUUUCAACGGCCACAAGUCCCGUAACAGGUCAUCUUCAGCUGGCACUGCAAAAGUCUGAGACGCAAUUCCUUGUCAUCUUUCCUGACGGUCAGGUGUUAGGGGAGAUUAAUGCACAACUAGAGAGAGCAUUUACCAGCAUUGAAGAGCAGUGCCUGCAGGUCGAUUUUGAGGUCUUCGUCCCCACAAGAGCAACUAGAGAAAUCAUGAGCAGGGCUAUGAAAGGGCAGGAUGCCGUGGUUCGGGUACAGAUCAAUGUAUACGGUUCUGGGGCUAGCGCUGACAGUGUUGGCCAAGAAUUGAGCCAAAACAAGGUCUACCUCCAGCGCCCAGACUAUAUCCGAGAGGGUACCACUUAUGAGAAUCCGCACGUAUUGAAGUUUUCGGACGACUGUAGCACGAUGAAAAUACCGAACGUCGGCACAGACGAACUGAGUAGUAGUAAUGCUGCUAGCGAGACAUUUCAGCAAGUCAUCACCAAUGUCUAUUCCUCUCUCACCCGCCACGAAAACUUGAAAGGCCUGGAAGGCCACGAACGUCUACGAACAUCCCUUUUGGAUCAUCAAAAAACAGCGCUCGAGUUUAUGUCGCAACGCGAGGAUGGUCCAGUACCAAGUGAGUAUCAACUUUGGAAGCCGGUCGAACGUGAAGGUCAACCUUGCUUUCGACACAGCAUCACUGGCACAGUCAGCAGACUUGAUCACACGGAAAUUGGCGGGGGUAUACUAGCUGAUGAGAUGGGUAUGGGUAAAACUCUGUUAAUGUUGGCCCUGAUCAUCCGCACGCUCGAUGCGGCGCACCAGUUUGCGCUCGAAACCCCUUUGCAAAUUGCACAGGGAAGUUUGCUAUUGAAGAAUCGGUCUAGAGCUACACUGAUUGUAGCCUCCUCUGAUCUAAUGAUCAAUGAAUGGCUUCAGGAACUCACGAAACACUUCGGCACCGCUGAGGAUCAUAUGCUCAAAAUCAUCAAAUAUCAUGGGCAGAAACGGAUACGUUCUUUGGAUAAAUUGUGCGAUGCCGACCUUGUUUUAAGCUCGUAUCACACAAUAUCGAAAGACUACACCAAUGCUAGAGGUCUGUUAAACGAAGUGGAGUGGUACAGACUAGUCUUAGAUGAGGCUCACAUCAUCCGCCGCCAAAACACGGGCCUUAACCGAACUGUAGCGGACCUCCAAGCAAGGUCAAGGUGGUGCCUGACUGGCACUCCGAUACAGAAUCGCCUAGAAGAUAUUGGCUCACUGUUCGCUUUCCUGCGAAUCAACCCAUUGCACAGUCUAUCUGCGUUCAAGAAGUCUAUAGCAGUACCUUUUGAGGAAGGCGGGAAGCGCCAAAAGCUCGCCAUUGAUCGAUUCACGCAGCUGUUCGACUCAAUGUGUCUCCGUCGGACAAAAGACCUACUUCAUCUCCCCGAUCCAGAAAGUCGUAUCCACAAGAUCACACUAUCUCCCGAAGAGCGGGCGCAGUACGAGCAAACUCGUCGAAUUAUGGUUCGCGCUGUUAAGAAUCAGGUUAGCGUGUUCGAUCAGAAGAGUACACUAGGCAUGUUCCAAAUCCAGCUCCAGUUGCGCAUUCUUUGCAAUCAUGGGACCUGGCAGCAGCUCUUCUCUUGGAGUCGUCGUAAAUUGUACUUGUUGGAUGAAAGAGAAGCAAAGGAAGCCGAUGUGGGAAGCGACGGCGAAGCCACCUGUUCUGCGUGUCGCCAAACAAUGCCUUUGUUUGGUCUUGGCUCGAUGUUCCAACGCUACGAAGAGAAUUGUCGACAUAUUCUUUGCUCUGAAUGUCUUGAACAAAGUACACAAGGCGUUCAAGACUGUCUGCCGACAAGCUGCCCACUGUGCACCUCUCUUUGGAACUCAUCGAAACAUGUGCAACGCGCAAGAGGUCAAUCCCAGGAAGAUAUGUACUUCCGAGCAGAGGGCAAAUCUUCCAAGGUGGAAACGCUCAUGAGGGAUGUGAUGAAGGACAUAUCGAUAACCAAAAGCAUCAUCUUUACCUGUUGGACACGAACAUUGGAUUUGAUCCAACUUCACCUAUUAAGAGAGAAACUUACUCCUAACAACUUCAAACGCAUCGAUGGCGACUGUCCAACAAGCAAACGAGAGAAGAUACUAGAAGAAUUCGAAAAAAGCCCUGCUUUGCAUGUUCUGAUCAUGACUACUGGUACAGGGGCUGUAGGUCUUAACCUCGCUAUUGCAAACAGAGUGUUUAUUGUCGAACCACAAUGGAACCCCUCUGUCGAGAACCAAGCAAUCGCUCGAGCCUUACGCCUUGGUCAGACACAAGCAGUGUUGGUCACCAGGUAUAUUGUUGAGAAAUCAGUUGAACAGGACAUGCAGAAGUUGCAAGAAGAAAAACUGAAGAAGUCGAACUUAGUCAAAAGCGGCUAG